AUGGCCAAGUCUAUUCGAUCUCAUAAAAAGAAGCAUUUUCGAUCAAUCAAACGCAAAAAUGUCUUUGAGCCUCUGUAUAUAGAUCGUAUAGAAAGACUCUCUUUACGUUUAAAAAAUCUUUCUAAUAAAGAUAAUGAUAAUUUGGAUGAAAUGGCUGUUGAUAAUGAUCAAGAAAAUAUAACCGAUCGUGCUGAAGACGGCAUAGAUAUGUAUAUAGAUGAUAUUCCGGUUUCCUCAAUGAAUAAAAAAAACAAUGGUGCUGAUGUAUCUACAGCAUCUUCACGAGUAAGCUUGAAGAAAAAAAUAUACCGAAAAAAAUUCUAUAAAAAGCGGUCUUUUGGUACAAUUUUUCCUGAAAAAAAACAGAAAAAAAAAAAAAACGUUAAAUUACAUUAA